AUGGACCGCUUCGCGCUCGACAAACUGAAGAACGUCAUGGACGAGGCGAAAAGCGUUGUCAAGGCUAAAAUGGGUACGGACGUGGAGCGCAAGAUCGAAGAGGCGCUGUCCAAUAAGAACUGGGGCGCGUCGAGCACGUUGCUGAAUGAGCUGUCGCAGCUCACAUAUGACUAUGAGGCGUACGGAGUCAUCACACGCAAGAUCUGGGAAGCCAUGGACGCUGAAGGACGACAGUGGCGCUCCGUGUACAAGGCGCUGAGUCUACUGGAGCAUCUGAUUAAAAACGGCACAGAACGCGUGAUUGAGAACGCUCGCGACCACAUGUUUAAGUUGCGCCAUCUCUCGGGCUUCUCGUACCAUGACGGUUCUGUCGACAGGGGCAAUGGAGUUCGAGACAAGGCCAAGCAACUUGUCGAUAUGCUCAAUGACAAUGACAUGAUUCGCACAGAACGUGAGAAGGCAGGGCGUUUGCGCAACAAGUAUGUGGGCAUUGGGAGUGGUCUUGGCGGCGGUAUGGGGGGAGGGAGUUACGUUGGCAGCAGCAACUACAGUGAAGAAAGAAGUGGUGGGGGUUAUAGUGGCGGAAAUGGCUACAAUAACAGCAGUGGCAACAGCUAUAGUGGCGGCGGGUACAGCAGUGGUGGUGGUUAUAGUAGUGGUGGUGGGUACAGUGGUGGUGGUGGCGGUAGCAGAGACUACGGUGUUAGUGACUCGAAGACGACCAAUGACAAGGAGAAGAGCUACUCCACCCGCAACGUUGAUGAUGACCGUGAUGACGAAAGUGAAGAAUCAGAGUCGGAAGAAGAGGUGCGGCCAAAACGACGAGCGUCAUCAUCAAAAGGGAAGGCCCCUGCAAAGAAGAAAGAGGAGAUGAAGAGCAAAGCUGCAGUAAAAUCACCCCCUGCCGAAACAUCCCUCCUGGACGCAGACUUCUUUAGUCCUGCUCCUGUGGUAGCUGCUGCUAAUACGUUCGACCCGUUUGCACCGACAACUGCUGGUGCUGGUGCUGUUGCUGCACAGCCUGCACAGCCCCAAACAGCGUCGUUUGCUACUUUCGGCAACGCCACACCUACGCCACAGCAGUCAUUUGAUGCAUUUGGCGCCCCGCAGCCUAAGCAGCAACCUGCAUUCAAUGCAUUUGGGAGUAGCGGCUUUACUCAGGAAGGAACCCCACAGUUUGCUGCAUUCCCUGCAGCCCCAACCCAGCUGGGUCUGAACGCGCUCGGUCAGCAAGCGGACGCUGCAUCUUCACCUGCUCCUGCCUUUAACGUGCAACAACAGCAGCAGCAGUUCGGGCAAUUGGGUGGAAUGAGUAGCGUCAUGCCGCAACCCGGGCAAAUUGGCAUGGACGUGCAAUGCGCAACUUUGAGUCAGUCAGGAUAUAAUACCAGCGGAAGUCAGUCACGAACGGACAUAGCGCCGAAACCUGAGGAGAAGAAAAGCGACGACGCGUGGGGAGCUGGCUCAUCGCUGUACGAUCUGAAAAACUUGGGAAGCUCUGGCGGCAAUAAUAGUAGCAGCGUGAAUCAUCCUGACCAGCACCCGCAUUACCAGCAUCAGCAAUUAAACGCUAGUUGCAAUAGUUUCAGUGGUUUGGACACCCUUGCCGGAAUGCCCAGCAAACCCACGAUGGGAGGUGCUGGUGGUAUGAACAUGGGCACGGGGGGAAUGAGCUACGCAGGUGGUAUGGGUAUGGGCUACAGCGGGAUGCAGCAGCAAGCUGUAUUUGGCCAAAUGGGUCAAGGUAGUAUGGUCAUGGGUAGCACUCAGCACCGACCGAUGAUGGGGGGUAUGAUGGGCAUGCAGCAACAAGGCAUGGGUAUGCAGCGGCCAAGCGUGGGCAUGCAGCAGCCAGGCACGGGCAUGCAGCAGCCAGGCAUGGGAAUGCAGCAGCCAGGCAUGGGUAUGCAGCAGCCAGGCAUGGGAAUGCAGCAGCCAGGCAUGGGAAUGCAGCAGCCAGGCAUGGGAAUGCAGCAGCCAGGCAUGGGUAUGCAGCCUGGCGUAGGUGGGAUGGCGAACCAAGGCGGUUUCGACGGGAUAGGUUCGAUGCAACAGCAGCAGCGACAGCAACAGGCAUUUAAUCAAUUCGGCAAUUUCAGCUGA